ACCAGUAUAACCUUUAACAGAUAGGUUUGUGAAGAUAAGAACCGAUGCAUACAAUUCAUAUCUCCCUGCAGAAUUUCAUACUCUUCAAUCAUUGUACCGUUUUAACAUGGCUGGAAGUAGGAUAAGAUGUAUAUGUCUUGCAAUCCUUUUACUUGCCAUUAUGGCAGCCAUGGUGACAGGUUUGAGGCUGAACAGACAGACGGGUAAACUGACGGUCGAGUUGUUGAUAGUGGCGGAUUACAGUAUGUAUGAAAGAUGGUACAACGAGUCGGACGCGUCUCUCCCACACUCGAUGCGUGUCAACCAGUCCAUUUCCGCUGUCAAACAAUACAUCGGAGCGCUCGUGCAUUCCAGUAAACACGUGUACAAAACGCUAGAGAGCAGCAACAUCUUCAUAGGACUGGAAUUAGUCGAAAUUCUAGUACAAACGACGCGUGCGGAAGCUGACGUCAUUGAAUCAGCGCGUGUCGUCAUCGACGACCAACUGUUGAUAGACACCAGCAUCAGCUUCCCGUUACUGGAGAACUUCUCCGAACAGCUGCAAGCGUCCAUACCACACGACCAUGCAAUGGUCAUCACUGACUACACACUCAAGGGUAUCCAGGGAUCUAAGCCAACGGGAUUUGCUGACGUCUCCAGUGCUUGCAAGCCCAAUGGCUUAUCAAUCGUUCACAAUGGGGGAUUCUACUCCGUUUCCACAAUCGCUCACGAAAUCGGUCAUAGCCUCGGUUGCCAACACGACGGAUGGAACAACACGUGCUCUGCCGACGACGCUUACCUCAUGUCCGCCUUUACCGACACAACGUCCCCCAACAAGUGGUACUUCUCCAACUGCUCCAUUGAGUACAUCCGUACCUACCUCAACGAGCUGAACAGCAACCACAGCAACUGUCUUCUCACUAUCGAAAACGGCCAUGUUGAUCCGGAAGUGACGUCAGAUGUGUCAAAGUGGUACGGGCAAAUCUAUAGCCACGAUGAGCAGUGUCGUCGUAAACUGGGACCGGAGUCGUACUUUUGCAGGGGCGGUUACUGGGGUAUCUUCCCUGAGUUCACAUGCACGACGUUGCUGUGUUACCUGCCCGGAAGUAGCGGCACGUGCAUCCGCGCCUGGGCGGGAGACGGAACGCCGUGUGCUGCGGGAAAGUGGUGUAUGCACGAUCAAUGUAUCAACAGCAGCGCGGUUGUGGGGGUUGUAGACGGCUGCCUAGCAGGAGAUUACAGCGGGCUAACAAACAACCGAACAUGCGACGAAAUCAAGCAUAGCUAUCGCGGAAUGUGCGAGAAACGGUUUUCUCGUCAGAGGUGUUGUCACGCAUGCGCGGACUAUCUCAAACCAGUGACAUCACCGACCGAUGCUGACGGACAGUGCGCGAGCAAAUUCGGACCGAAGUCUUUCAUGUGCCGGGGCGGGACCGCUUACAUCAACAAAACGUACGCAGAUGUUGUCUGCGGAGAUCUGGAGUGCGUGAAUCCAGACAACCCUGUCUUCUGCUUGAGCGCGAAAGCAGACGAUCACACAUCAUGCGGUUACCACAGGUGGUGCGUCAACGGGACGUGUGUCGCUGAUCUCUUUGCGCCCGGCGUACCAGACGGCUGCCCAUGGGGAGACCAGAAGGGCGUCGUUGGCAACACGAACCUCACGUGCCAUAACGUCAGAAGGCACGAGAACAAUGCCCGUUGCUAUGACGACUUCGUGGCCAAGGCCUGCUGCUACACAUGUGGGUCUAUUCGAACACACAUGACAGGAUGUGAAUACGGGGACAGAAAGAGCGAUUGCCAUAAAAACGCCUGUACCGGAUAUGACGUUACGACCAGGGCUCAAUGUUGUCAGACGUGUCAUGACGUCACCAUCGUUGGUUGAUCAAUAGUGGAUCAUGUAAAGCUCGUUUUAUGUGUGUUAAAAAUGGUCCAACAUUAAACACUUUUAACACAUGGCAUGUGUAGGAAAAAACUGA